AAAACGAAAUCAGUUUUUAUUUAACUCUCGUCCCGGUCGGAUCGAUCGCCUGCUUAUUUGAAGAUAAGAGACAAUAUUGGAAAUAAAAUAUUGAAUACGUAAACAAAAAAAUGGCCUGCCCUUAUGCAACAACAUUUAAUGGAGCCGAGCAUGAUGACAAGGCGGUGCCAUUAAGCACUGAAGUUGGAAAGAUCUACGGUGAAUAUUUGAUGCUGGAGAAAAUCUUAAGUGCGCAAUGCAUGCUGUCCGAGGUGGACAAUCGUCCAGUGCACGAUGAGCAUUUAUUCAUCAUUACACAUCAGGCCUACGAAUUAUGGUUUAAGCAAAUCAUUUUCGAAUUGGACUCCAUACGUGAAAUGUUGAACAGCGAAGUGAUUGAAGAAACCAAAACUUUGGAGAUUUUGAAACGUCUUAAUCGUGUCGUGAUGAUUUUCAAGCUACUUGUCGAUCAAGUGCCCAUUUUGGAAACCAUGACCCCCUUGGACUUUAUGGACUUCCGUAACUAUUUGGCACCGGCAUCGGGUUUCCAGAGUUUACAAUUUCGUUUGAUUGAAAACAAGUUGGGCGUGAAAUCCGAACAUCGUGUGAAAUAUAAUCAAAAAUAUUCGGAGGCUUUUGGCAAUAAUAGUGAAUCGGUAAAUGCCAUUAUUCGAUCGGAAACGGAACCAUCUCUAUUGGAGCUCAUUGAAAAAUGGUUGGAAAGGACACCAGGUUUGGAGGAGAAUGGUUUUAAUUUUUGGCAUAAAUUUCAAGUUAGUGUCGAUAAGUUUUUGGCCCAGCAGGAGAAGAGUGCAAUGAGCGAACCUGUGGAGAUUGCCAGAAACUAUCGCCUGAUGGAUAUUGAAAAACGUCGUGAAGUCUACCGCAGUAUCUUUGAUCCAGCUGUCCAUGAGGCUCUGGUUUCCCGUGGCGAUCGUCGUUUCAGUCACAAAGCCUUGCAGGGAGCUAUUAUGAUAACCUUCUACAGGGAUGAGCCACGUUUCAGCCAACCCCAUCAAUUGUUGACUUUGCUCAUGGACAUCGAUUCGUUGAUUACCAAAUGGAGAUAUAAUCACGUUAUUAUGGUACAACGCAUGAUUGGCUCCCAGCAAUUGGGUACUGGCGGCUCUUCCGGUUAUCAAUACUUGAGAUCAACCCUAAGUGAUCGCUACAAGGUAUUUUUGGAUUUAUUCAACCUAUCCACAUUCUUGAUACCACGUGAGGCCAUACCACCAUUGGAUGCAUCAAUGCGAAAGGAAUUAAUUAAUUAACAUUUUUUUAUAAAAAAUCCAAAAUUAAUAAAAUUGUUUAUAG